GUUUGUUGCAGGGACGGGCUCGCUCGACCCGGGGCCUGCCUUGUCGGAGCGGCUGCUGUAUCUCUCCGCCUCCUCCCAGCUGAAAUCGGCAGCCAGGCGAGCAAGCGAAUGGCUCCCCUCUUCGCCGCCGCGUCCCACGCGUCCGCCCUCCCCCUCUUCUCCCCGGACCCCGCCGCCGCCCGCCGGGCUGGCGGCACCCUCAGGUCCCGCACCUCGGCCCUCCGCCUCCGCCGGCCCCCCGGGGCCGCCGGGCGCGGGCGCGGGAACGUCCCCGGCGAGUGGGGCGAGCGCUCCCCGCCGGGGGCCCCCGCGCAGCCCGACCCGCCCGUGGACGACGACGAGUGGGGCCGCGACGACGACGACGGCAACUCGCGCCCCAUCGUCGCCGACGAGUGGGGCGAGCCGGGGGAGCCCGAGCCCGAGCCGCCCUCCGCCGCGGAUCCGCCUAGCCCAGCCGCCGACGACGAGUGGGGGGAGGAUCCCGCGGCGGCGCCGCCGCCGCCGCCCGCGGAGGAGGAGGUGGACGAGCAGGCGGAGAGGAGGGAGGAGCUCAAGCGGUGCCUGGUGGACACGGUGUACGGCUCCGAGUUCGGGUUCCGGGCGUCCACGGAGACCAGGGGGGAGGUCGUCGAGCUCGUCACGCAGCUCGAGGCUAACAACCCCACGCCCGCACCCGUCGAGGCGCCGGAUCUCCUCGACGGCAACUGGAUCCUCAUAUAUACAGCCUAUUCUGAGCUGCUGCCUAUUCUAGCUGCUGGGGCAACACCUUUUGUGAAAGUAAAGCAGAUAUCCCAAGAAAUUGACUCUAAAAGCAUGACGAUUGUCAAUGGUUCAACCCUUACGACUCCAUUCGCAUCGUUUUCAUUCAGUGCAGCUGCCUCUUUUGAGGUUCAAAGUCCAUCGAGGAUAGAGGUCCAAUUUAAGGAGGGGAGCUUUCAGCCACCUGCGAUAUCAUCAUCAGUGGAUCUACCUGAACAGGUUGAUAUAUUUGGGCAGAAGAUCAGCCUGGGCCCAGUCCAGCAGGCACUGAAUCCGUUGCAGCAAGCAUUUGCUAGCAUUGCUGGCUCCAUUUCUGGGCAGCCACCCCUCAAGGUAUCUAUUCCUGGCAACGAUAGAGGCCGGUCAUGGCUGCUGACAACCUACCUGGACAAAGACUUCAGGAUCUCAAGAGGCGAUGGAGGCUUGUUCAUUCUUGCAAAAGAGGGGAGCCCGUUGCUAGAUCAAUUGUAAUUCUUUAAUAGGUCACGUUGGAAAAGGAAAGGCAUCAUCAUUAGAACUGCGCAAAACUUUAUGGAAUACGCUGUUACAUUCUUUACCUAUGCUUAUCAAACAAGCUUAUUUUAUUGGCAUCGAGGUAUGAAUUGCUAUGAGAUCUUAAAGAGUCUCAUGGGAGUAUUGAAUCAGCUACCUUGUUACCCGAAGUCGACUGAACCAAGAAUACUUUGAUGUUA